AAACUUCUCAUAACAAAGAGAGGAAAAUGCUGACAUCCAGCAAAAGCCCAUGUAGUAUGGUGAGUGGACAAAGGGCAGGGAAGGGGGGCAUGGAAUGUCUGUGACCUCAGCCAAUGAUGUGCACGGUUGAUAUCACCCAGGAGAGCGGGGCCAGUGACAGCUUUGGCCGGGCCCAGGACAAAGCCAUCUGAAAGGGCACCCUCAUCCAAAACACACAUUGUAAUGAGGACCCAAUUCUGGGCUCCCUCUCUCACUGGGCCCGGGACAACUGUCUCCUUUUUACCCCCUCUGUCGGCUUCCCUGCAGGAGAGGAUAAGAGGAGGCUGAGGCUGAGAGACAGCAACAGAGCGGGGCACAUGUCACCAGUUUUUUUGGCAGAAAAGCUGCAAAUAUGAAAAGAACAUCCACCAGCCUGCGGGUGCGCCUCCCUGCACUUCUCCUCGUUUUCGAGGUCGUCAUCGUGACACUUUACACCUUCUUUGUCACCUACGAUGACGACGCCAAUGCCAAACACCAGAGCAACGUCACCAAGCCUAUGGAGAACGCCCUCUACCGCGACUACCCCGUCUUUGCCGACAUCCAGGUCAUGAUCUUCCUUGGCUUCGGGUGCCUCCUGGCGUUCUUCCGCCUGUAUGGAUUUGGCGGCAUGGUCUUUAACUUCCUGACGGCCACGUUCGCUAUCCAGUGGGCCAUUCUCAUCCAGGGAUACUUCCAGUUCUUCAGGGAGGGCAAGAUCCACCUCGGCGUGGUGAACCUGAUCAACGCGGAGUUCGCCUGUGCCGUGGUGCUCAUCUCCUUCGGAGCUGUGCUGGGCAAGACCAGCCCCGUGCAGCUCCUGGUCAUGGCCCUGCUGGAGGUGCCGGUGUUUGCAAUCACAGAGUGGGCCGUGCUCACGUAUCUGAAGAUCAACGACGCAGGUGGCUCCAUCCUCAUCCACCUCUUUGCCUGCUACUUUGGACUGGGUGUGACCUUUGCCCUGUACAGGCCCAGUCUCAAGCAGGGUCAUGCCAAGGAGGUGACAAGCUACCAGUCGGACAUUUUAUCCGUGAUGGGAACGCUGUUCCUGUGGGUUUUCUGGCCCUCGUUCAACUCUGCCCUCACCCUGAAGGGCGAUGACCAGCACCGGGCAGUGCUCCAUACUUUCAUUGGGCUCUCCGCCUCCACCCUCACGGCCUUUGCCCUGUCUGCCAUGCUCAACAAGAACGGAAAAAUCACCAUGGCAGACGUCCAGAAUGUGACGCUGGCAGGCGGAGUGACGGUGGGGGCGUCCGUGGACAUGAUGAUCAGCCCGGCCGCAGCCUACGUGCUGGGGAUGAUGGGAUGCACCGCGUGCAUGCUGGGAUACCGCUACCUCAGCCCGUUCCUGUCCAAGCACCUGAGGAUCCAGGACCAGUGCGGCAUCCACAACCUCCACGGCCUGACGGGACUCAUCUCCAGCACUGCGGGCAUCGUGGCCAUACUACUCGCCAGCGAGGAAACCUACGGCCCCAGCCUUUACGAGAUCUUCUGCUACCGAGCGCCCCUGGAAGGCGACCCCCGGCUUGGGGAGCUGCAGAAAUUGAUCCCGGGGAUUCGGCCAGGGCUGGGCCGCAGCGCGCGAGAGCAGGCGCUCUUCCAGGUGGCGGCCGUAUUUGGCACGAUGGCGGUGUCCGCCGUAGGGGGGCUGCUGACCGGCCUGGUGCUGAGGCUGCCUUAUCUGGCUGCGCCGGACGACGAGUCCUGCUUUGAUGACGAGCUCUUCUUUGAUGUGCCUCCAGACUACGACUGCAUGGCUGCCCAGGGUGGCUUGUUGUGUGCAAAUACCGAGGGCAAACAAGGACAUUCGACUGUGUGAGCCGUGCACACUUGCUUGAGGCGAGUACUGUAUGAGGGGGACAGCUACCAUUUAGUGUUGCAGUCUGUAUGACAUACUAAGAAGAAAUCAAACCUAUUUUUCAAAUACCACAUACUUCAAUGACUGGGAAAAUACUGGUUAUUGAUCAUUGACCUGGUCCAAGUUCUAGUUUCUUUAUUGUAAAUAUUUAGGGCACUUAAAAAAUCUUCAUACUACACUACAGCAGCACACAGAAAGAAUGAAAAUGGUUAUGCACUUGCAACAUUUGAUGUCAAUACCAGAUGGAUGGAGUCAGGUAAGGUGUAGUGCUAUAAUAACUAAUAGUGUGUGACACAUUAUUUUACUGUAAUGUUAACAAUAUUGAAGAUGAGAAUAGUUUUUAUUUUUUUUACUUCUGCUUUUUAACAAGUUGCAAUUUUAAUGUACUUAAAUCUAUAAAAGUAAUUAUAAUGUUGCUUUCUUUACUUCUUCGGACCAUUUUUUGUAUCACCAUGCUUUGUUGAAACAGCUCUGGUAAACAUAUCUUUUUGAAGGUAUUGCAGAUUAGGUCUUAUGUUAUGGUGACCAUUUUAUAUUUAUUCAUCUACCACGUGCUUAUCUUUUUUAACAAGCCGUAAUCCAGUGUGAGGACACAUUGUGUUGUUAUGUUUCAGAGAUAUAUUAUCUAUUUCUCUGACAAAGUGAAUCAUAUAAAUAAAA